GGAGCGGCUCUGCCCUUCACAAAGAUGGCGGCAGGAGGGGAUUAAAAGGGCGAGGCCACGCGGGGCGGGGGCGGUCAUGUGACAAGGGAAGAUGGCUACCUUUCCGUGGCAUUCGAGGCAGAGAAACUACAAAACUGAAUUUGAAUCAUGUAGGCCAGAGAUUGUACCCCUGGAUUUUGGAGAUUAUCAUCCACUGAAACCUAUAACUGUCAUAGAAUCAAAGACCAAGAAAAUGGGGAGGAAAGGAAGUACUUCUUCUACUUCAUCUUCUUCCUCAAGCUCAAUGGUGGACCCCUUGAGCAGUGUUCUUGAUGGUACUGAUCCACUCUCCAUGUUUGCAGCAAUAGCAGAUCCAGUAACUACUACAGUUAAUAUGGAUGGCUCAAGAAAGAAACGAGACAGAGAUGAUAAUUCCUUAGUAGGAACUGAUUUUGAACCUUGGUCAAGCAAACGUGGUGAUAUCCUUGCCAGAUACACAACAACAGAAAAACUCUCUAUUAAUCUGUUUAUGGGAUCUGAGAAAGGCAAAACUACAACCUCUACAUCUGCAAUGUCUGAGAAAGUCAGGACAAGAUUGGAGGAAUUGGAUGAUCUGGAGGAGGGAUCCCAAAGGGAGCUACUGAAUUUGACUCAACAGGAUUAUAUGAACCGAAUUGAAGAGCUCAAUCAAUCACUAAAGGAUGCCUGGGCCUCAGACCAGAAAGUGAAAGCACUAAAAAUUGUUAUCCAGUGUUCUAAGCUUCUUUCUGACACAUCAGUAAUCCAGUUCUAUCCAAGCAAAUUUGUCCUCAUCACUGAUAUACUUGAUACAUUUGGUAAAUUAGUGUACGAGCGAAUCUUAUCCAUGUGUAUGGACAACCGCAGUAUUUUAUCAGAUCACUUUUCUCCAGAAAAUGUAAAUGACACCGCCAAAGAAACUUGCUUAAAUUGGUUUUUCAAGAUUGCUUCAAUCAGGGAACUUAUUCCUAGAUUCUAUGUGGAAGCAGCCAUCCUGAACUGCAACAAGUUUUUAUCCAAAACAGGAAUUUCAGAAUGUCUUCCACGACUGACAUGCAUGAUUAGAGGAAUUGGCGACCCUUUGGUUUCAGUAUAUGCCAGGGCAUAUCUGUGCAGGGUUGGGAUGGAAGUAGCUCCACAUCUUAAAGAAAGUCUAAAUAAGAACUUUUUUGAUUUCCUUCUUACAUUUAAACAGAUUCAUGGGGAUACAGUUCAGAAUCAGUUGGUGGUACAAGGUGUGGAAAUUCCAUUGUAUCUUACUUUGUACUCUCCUGCUAUUGAUUGGAUUUUGCAAUGUAUUGCUUAUCAUGCUCCUGAGGUUCUGCUUACUGAAAUGAUGGAAAGGUGUAAGAAACUAGGAAAUAAUGCUCUGCUGUUGAAUUCUGUGAUGUCAGCAUUCAGAGCUGAGUUUAUUGCUACAAGGGCUAUGGAUUUUAUUGGCAUGAUUAAAGAGUGUGAUGAGUCUGGAUUCCCCAAGCAUCUCCUUUUUCGCUCAUUGGGAUUAAACUUGGCUUUGGCUGAUCCUCCUGAGAGUGAUCGACUUCAGAUAUUGAAUGAAGCCUGGAAAGUUAUUACUAAAUUGAAAAAUCCACAGGACUAUAUUAAUUGUGCUGAAGUAUGGGUGGAAUAUACGUGCAGGCAUUUCACGAAACGGGAGGUCAAUACUGUUUUAGCAGAUGUCAUCAAACACAUGACUCCUGAUCGGGCAUUUGAAGAUGCAUAUCCGCAGCUUCAUUCAAUAAUUAAGAAAGUUAUCGCCUACUUUCAUGAUUUUUCAAUUCUUUUCUCAGUGGAGAAAUUCUUGCCAUUUCUGGAUAUGUUCCAAAAAGAGAAUGUCCGAGUGGAGGUUUGUAAGUGCAUUAUGGAAGCCUUUAUUAAACAUCAGCAAGAACCUACCAAGGAUCCUGUCAUCCUGAAUGCUUUACUGCAUGUUUGUAAGACAAUGCAUGACUCUGUGAACGCACUUACUCUUGAGGAUGAAAAGAGAAUGUUGGCAGUUUUAAUUAAUGGAUUUAUAAAAAUGGUUUCAUUUGGUCGUGACUUUGAGCAACAGUUAAGUUUUUAUGUGGAGACCAGGUCAAUGUUUUGUAAUCUGGAACCUGUUCUUGUCCAGUUGAUUCAUAGUGUGAACAAGUUGACAAUGGAAACAAGAAGAGUAAUGAAAGGAAAUCACUCCAGAAAGACUGCUGCAUUUGUUCGGGCCUGUGUUGCCUUCUGUUUCAUUACUAUUCCUUCCUUGACUGGUAUCUUCACACGUCUUAAUCUCUAUCUGCAUUCAGGUCAGGUCGCCUUGGCAAAUCAGUGCCUUUCCCAAGCUGAUGCUUUUUUCAGAGCUGCAGUAAGCCUUGUUCCUGAAGUUCCAAAGAUGAUUAAUAUAGAUGGAAAGAUGCGGCCAUCUGAAUCAUUCCUUUUGGAGUUCCUCAGCAAUUUAUUUUCUACUUUAUUAAUAGUUCCGGAUCAUCCAGAACAAGGAGUCUUGUUUCUUGUUCGAGGUCUACUAAAUGUGAUCCAGGACUACACUUGGGAAGACAAUAGUGAUGACAAAAUUCGUAUCUACACCAACGUUUUACAUCUCCUCUCUGCAAUGAACCAAGAGACUUAUCUCUACCAUGUAGACAAAGUUGAUUCCAACGACAGCCUCUAUGGGGGAGACUCAAAAUUUCUGGCUGAAAACAACAAGCUUUGUGAGACCGUGAUCACACAGAUCCUAGAACACCUCAAAGCCCUGGGAAAAGAUGAGACCCUGAAGCGUCAAAGUGUUCUUGCACUUUCCUUCUUUAACAGCAUCUUAGCUCAUGGUGAUCUUCGAAACAACAAACUCAAUCAGCUGUCCGUCAACUUGUGGAAUCUAGCCCAGAGGCAUGGCUGUGCUGACACCAGGACAAUGGUUAAAACUCUGGAAUAUAUCAAGAAAAGAAGCAAACAACCAGAAAUGAGUCAUUUGUCUGAACUGGCCCUCAGGCUCCCACUGCAAACCAGGACCUGACCACUUAUACCCUCUAUCCUGAGCCCAGAAUUCUUUAAGUCAGGCAAUAUAUACUCUUUCCUAAGUAGGCUCUCAUUGGAAUUUAGUCUUCUUUCAUUUUAAGAAUCCCUUAACAUACAAUAGAUUGGCUUUUAUUUUGGCAUUGGUUUAAAUAUUCUGACAGUGAAAAGAGGAAUGUUGAAAUCAGAUUUUAUUAUAUCAAUUCACAUCUGCCAAUAAGGGCAUCUUAAUUUCUAUUUGCAAAUAAUCUUUUAGAUCUCAGCAAGCAACCUUCUAAUAAGUCUAUAGACCUUCUAAGAAAAAUUAGUGCAUGUAAACACAAAGAACCUCCUAACAUCUUUUCUUUUUUAAAAAGAUAAUCAUCCUAAAAUACUUUUUGGAAAGGUAUGAAUUAGUCUCCAAAAAUGGAAUUAGGAAGAACUGGGGUUCAAAUUAUGCUUCAGAUACUUACUACUUAAGUGACAGUACCCAAAUUACUUUAAUCUUUUGGGACCAGUUUCUUAAUCAGUAAAGAAGUGAUAGCUAAUACUUGUAGAAUAUACCUCAUAGGAUUUGUGAGGCUAAAAUGAGAAAAUUUAUAUAAAAGAUUUUGCAAACUUUGUUUAAAUUGUCUGUUAUUUUUAAAAAUUACUCCAAUCUAGUUAUAUUCAUUCUCAAUUUUUUGUUCUAUGAAAAAUUUCUAUUCAACAGCUUUCUAGGAUUUUAAAAAAGGCUAUUAAGUUAAUAAACAGAUUUAAAAGUUACUUUAACUUUCAUUUUCCACCUUAAAAUUUGUGGAGAACCUUGUAGGUGAGAUGGAAGGGGGAUUUCUCUUUUCUCCUUUGCACUAGACAUGGUAAUCUACUAUCAAAGUUAAUUGUGCAGGAAAACAGUUCAAUCAGCAGUUAGGAGAGUUUGAAAUUGAAAGAAGCACACAUUUGACAACACACAUUUGACAGACAGCUAAGGAGAAGCAGGACCUCUAAAAAGGUAGAAACCCACUAUGGAUUCAAGAGAACUACCCCUGGCAGUAAGAAAUUGAGCUACAGGAAGAUGAUCCUAGAAGCCACAUUGAGUAAUUCAGUUUUGUAAGGACUUGCUUGGUCCUAGAGUACUGUGGUUUGUGCCCUAUCUUCCAUGGUUCUAUUCACAGAUAAUCAUGUCCCAGAGUUUGUUAUUUUGUAGCUAUGCCAUUAUAGUAAAUGUCUUUGUGAAGAACCACUUAUAUACUGGUGGAUGAAUUGGGGCUCAUGAGCUACAGUUCUCUAUCCCUUUAAACCUCAUAGGUAGAAAUUUUCUGUGGGAGUAAUUCAGAGUCAGUAUCAUGCAUAUAUGAACAUUUUGGGGGAGUAAGUUUAUUUAGUUGGAUAUGGAAAGACUGAAAAUCAGGAGACUUGAGCCAAUUUAUUACCUCUGUAACUUUGGACCUAGAUUUCUUCAUUUGUGAAUCUGGACUUUAUGUUCCUACAGUGUGUUUCAAAAAUCAAUACUAUUCAAGCUUAAAAUGGUACUGACUCUCAGGCUACCUUGUAUAAUCUAGAGAAACAAUUGAUGAAUUUUAAAAUUUUUUCUUACCUAUUUCUUAAUUCAGUUACUUUAGAGAACAAUUUUCUUUCAUUGUGACAAUGUGAGCGAAACUAAAUGAAGUUAUUUUUCAAACCUG